CCCUCUGACACCACCCCAGCCUCCUCCCUCAAAGGCCAUGGGAGCUGCUUACCUCUUCCUGCUCUUCCUGCCUGUAGGCCUACUGGCUCAAGGCCAGUACGACCUGGACUCGCUGCCCCCGUUCCCGGACCAUGUCCAGUACACCCACUACGGCGACCAGAUCGACAGCCCAGACUACUACGAUUAUCAAGAAGUGAGUCCCCGCCCUCCAGAGGAGCAGUUCCAGUUCCAGUCCCAGCAGCAAGUCCAACAGGAAGUCAUCCCCGCUCCUACCCCAGAACCACCAGAGCCACAGAAUGCUGAGAUUGAACCCACAGAACCUGGGCCUCUUGACUGCCGUGAGGAACAGUACCCAUGCACCCGCCUCUACUCCAUCCACAAGCCUUGCAAACAGUGUCUCAACGAGGUCUGCUUCUACAGCCUCCGCCGUGUAUACGUGGUCAACAAAGAGAUCUGUGUCCGCACUGUGUGUGCCCAUGAGGAACUCCUCCGAGCUGACCUGUGCCGGGACAAGUUCUCCAAGUGCGGUGUGAUGGCCGUCAGUGGCCUGUGCCAGUCUGUGGCGGCCUCCUGUGCCAGGAGCUGCGGGGGCUGCUAGGGGGGAGCUGGUGCUGGCAUCGCGAGCCCCGCUGGACCCUGCCUCUGGCCCUGUCUGACUUGGUGCUUUUCCCCCACCCAACUCCUUUUCUUCUGUGCAGUGGCUCAGCGUGGGGGGGGGCCUGCCUAUGGUGCUCCAGGCCCCUCCCUAGCCCAAGGCCACCCCAGUGCAGUGAGAGUCCCGCACUGCUUAGUCCUCAUGGGGAGCAUUCAAUGCCUCGGUGUGAGGCCUGGGCUCCGGUGUGCCUCCUCAGGCCCACUGAGGGCAGUCACCUCUUUACAGCCUCCCCAGAGGUUAGCGACCCCCCUCA